GCAACUCGUUGAACAAGCUGUAAGUACACACAUACAGUUUUUGUAUCAUUUCGUAACUUUUACUGACUGUUUAUGUUUGAUUCAUAUGCAGAUUUUUUUGGCAUUCACAGUCAAACAUGGAAGAUUCACAUUCACUCAGCAAUUCUGAAAUUGUUCACGAUGAAACAGAUCUAGCUGAAAAGAGGCUAAAUGAAGCCAUGGCACAAAGGAAAAAAGAAUUACAACACAUGAAAAAUAUAAUGGGGAGACAAAUUAAACAGAAGAACAAAGAAGAUCGAAUCAGAAUUUCUCAGUUCAAAGAAACCUUUAAAGGAAAAAAGGAAGUACCUAAUCGAAAUAAACCAUGGAAAACUAUCGAAUGGCAAAACUAUUGGAAUUCUUUGGGUAACCACGAACAAAACAACCUUGACAGGAGGAAGUCCCACUGCCACAAGAGUAUCUACACCAAAAUAGAUGAAAUGGCUGAGAACUUCAAUGCUUCAGUUGUAUGUUUAAUUCGUUAUCCCAACGGAACCCAACAUACCAAAUAUGUUUUAGCCAGUGGUGGGGGAAUUCAGUUUGCCCAAUCAGAAGAUGGCAUUCUUAUAGAUCAACUUUGGGUUCGACAUUGGAACAAAAAACAAGAGAAAAGACAGAAGUUGUGUGAAGAAAAGGGCAUAUGGCAAGAGAGAGCCAGCAAGAGAGAGAGAAGAGGACUGAAGAAAGUAAUCGACCAAGACAAUGAAUCACUACUUCAUGACAAUCCAAAGCAGAGAAACUUCAUUGAAAAAGGAGCCAGCAAAAGAAAUAGAACAGCAAAGAAGAAAACUAUCGAACAUGAAAAUGAAUCAGUACUCCUCGAGAAUCAUGAGCAGAAAAACUCCAUUGAAAGAGGUAGAAAAAGCAUUAUGCUAAUAAAUUUUGCAAUUAUUAGUGCUUAAAAAAUUUUUAAAAUUUUAAAGGAAAAAAGAAAAAGUCGAAAGAGAAAAAAGA